AUGGACAGAUCUCCCUCCUCCCCCCCAACACCUCCAUCAGGGACAUACCUCCCUCCCUCUCAACACCUCCAUCAGAGACAGCCCUCCCUCACCUCAACACCUCCAUCAGAGACAGCUCUCCCUCCCAACACCUCCAUCAGGGACAGCUCUCCCUCCCAACACAUCAAUGGGACAGACCUCCCUCCCUCCCAACACCUCCAUCAGGGACAGAUCUCCCCCUCCCCCCAACACCUCCAUCAGGGACAGCUCUCCCUCCCAACACCUCCAUCAGGGACAGCUCUCCCUCCCAACACCUCCAUCAGGGACAGCUCUCCCUCCCAACACCUCCAUCAGGGACAGCCCUCCCUCCCAACACCUCCAUCAGGGACAGACCUCCCUCCCAACGCCUCCAUCAGGGACAGGACAGCCCUCCCUCCCAACACCUUCAUCAGGGACAGAUCUCCCCCUCCCCCCAACACCUCCAUCAGGGACAUACCUCCCUCCCUCUCAACACCUCCAUCAGAGACAGCUCUCCCUCCCAACACCUCCAUCAGGGACAGCUCUCCCUCCCAAUACCUCAAUGGGACAGACCUCCCUCCCUCCCAACACCUCCAUCAGGGACAGAUCUCCCCCUCCCCCCAACACCUCCAUCAGGGACAGCUCUCCCUCCCAACACCUCCAUCAGGGACAGCUCUCCCUCCCAACACCUCCAUCAGGGACAGCUCUCCCUCCCCUGAACACCUCCAUCAGGGACAUACCUCCCUCCCUCUCAACACCUCCAUCAGAGACAGCUCUCCCUCCCAACACCUCCAUCAGGGACAGCUCUCCCUCCUAACACCUCCAUCAGGGACAACUCUCCCUCCCAACACCUCCAUCAGGGACAGCUCUCCCUCCCAACACCUCCAUCAGGGACAGCUCUCCCUUCCAACACCUCCAUCAGGGACAGCUCUCCCUCCCAACACCUCCAUCAGGGACAGCUCUCCCUCCCAACACCUCCAUCAGGGACAGACCUCCCUUCCUCCCAACACCUCCAUCAGGGACAGCUCUCCCUCCAAACACCUCCAUCAGGGACAGCCCUCCCUCCCUCCCAACACCUCCAUCAGGGACAGACCUCCCUCCUAA